CUAACCCCCCACGCACGCCUAGCCCCACCAAGUACUUACAUACGCACCCAUCAUCACCCUCUCAGAACUUAUUCGAGACCUCACGAUCCCGUCUCAUCCCAAUCCCACCAAUCCCCGCCCUCUCCUUUUCCCUCGACGGCCGGCAUGCUAGAAAGCACCGAAAAUGGCGUCCCCGACAUCCACCACGCCACCUCGGUCGCUGAAAUCCACGCCGUCCUCGACCACCUGCACCAACAAGAGGCCACCGUGACCCAACGCCUGAACGACCUCAUCGCCUCCCAAAAGGAUCUAUCCCGUGAGCUCGGCCGUCUCGAUCUGCUGCGCGGUCAUCUAGGCACCCAGGUUGUCAAUACUCGUGCCAUCAGCAAUGGCAUGCUCGCCGACGCCGCCUCCACCGCCAAUCGCAUCUCCAGCGCCGUCAAACGCCUCGAUCACGAACAAUCCAAUGUCAAGGCCACCCUCCAAGUCGUCGAGCAGGUCGCUGAGCUCAAGUCUUGCGUGUUGGGUGUUCACGGUUCAAUGGGUGCUCCGCAGGAUUGGGAAACCGCCGCCGGCUACCUCAGCAGAGCCUCUCAGAUACCUGACCAUGUCAUAGAUGGCUCUUUUGCCGAGGAAAUCGUGCCCACAGCAGAGGUCCCUGACCCGCCUCGAGUAACACUGAAUGCUGCAGCCGAGUCGCUGUGUGGCCUUUUCUUGCGUGAGUUCGACAAGGCUGCCCACGAGGGCGACGGUUCGCGCGUCACAAGGUUCUUCAAACUGUUUCCCUUGAUUGGGAGGACGGAUGUAGGCUUGGACGCAUAUGGCAGAUAUGUGUGUCAGGGCGUCGCUUCGAGGGCUCGUACUCUUUUCAACUCGGCUGCCCCAGCUCAGAGGCAGGAAGGCUUCUUCUACGGCAACGUCAUCACCAAGCUGUUUGAACAUAUCGCGCAGAUUGUCGACGGACAUGAGCCGCUUGUGGAACGCCACUAUGGCCCAGGUAUGAUGGCCAAAGUCGUUGAGCGCCUUCAGAUCGAAGCCGAUGUGCAAGGGGGAAUCGUGUUGGAUACGUGGCACGACGAACGCGCCAUAGAUCGCAAACUGACCGAAAUCAAAUCAUAUGCCUUUUCGUUCCUCGUGCAGAGCUUUGUCUCGUCCCAGAAACCAUCCACUGGGAGUGCUCGUCCCAACUCCCCCGCUAAUGCCAUGGGGCGCCCAAGCGAGGAUGAGGGGGUCGACAUGAAGGAGAUUGACGGGCUUCUCGCAGAGAGUGCCUUGAUGCUGGGUCGAUGGGCUCUAUACUCGCGCUUUCUCUCGUCCAAGUGCCCGCCAGCGGAGCCGGAGGAUCGUAUCGACCAUGGACUUGUUAUGCCAAAGUUUCUGGCCAGCAGCAAUCUGAACAAAAAAGUAGCAAGUCAUUUGAUUGAUCCAUUCAACCUAAUGACGACCUUUUUCCUCCGUCGAUCUGUGGAAAAAGCCUUUCAAAUGGACCAAUCGCCCUCAGGUCUGAACCUCAACCCUGCAAAACCCCUUGGUGCCGAUCCGCCAUUUAUCACGACUGCCGUCGAUACUGUCAUGUACAUUCUUAACCAGGUGUUACAGCGGGCCUUGGCUACUUCGCAGCGAGCUGUUGUCGCCAGUGUAAUCCCAGGCGCCGGACAAGUCUUGAGCACUGACUUUGUGGGUAUGGUGCAGCGCAAGAUGCGCGAUGAGAGCUAUCCCAGGCCUGUCAUUCAAGGUGGAUUACCUCCUGAGGAUAAGGUCAUCCCAUUUUUGGUUUUGAUCAACAACUUGGACGUUGCAAAUGACUAUAUCAAACGCAUUGUCGAGCAGCAGUUGGGACCGAAGGAGCAAUCCCAUGGGGAAGAGGCGCCCAAAUCCAACCUGGAGAAUCUGUUCCCCUUCGGCCACGACGCCAAAUUUGUCGAAAAUUGUCUCAAGGCCAUGGAGCACGCUUUCGCAGCCAAGAGCAGUGAACUGCUAAACGAUGGCAUUCAAGUGGCGUUCCACCAUGUGCUGAAACCGCGCGUUCGCCCUACUCUGACGGAAGCUUUCCGCGAGAUCAACUACAAACCUUUGGAUGGCAAUCCUGGCGAUGAAGACGACGGAGACGCCGAUCUAGUCAAAUCACGCUUUGACCGUGGUUGGAGCGCCCUCACUCGACCCAUCAAACGAAUCCUCACCCCCGCUAAUUUUGAUCGCCUACUCAAGGUGGCCCUCCCAUAUCUAGCCUCUGCGCUCGAGAAGAGAAUCAUGAGCUAUCAUGGUCUAGUCAACGAGCUUGGCGCUGUUCGUCUCGAGCGCGACAUUUCAGGCAUCAUUACGGCCGCUGUCGCUGGUGGCAAGUACGGCCUGCGCGAUGCGUUCGCCAAGUGCACGCAAAUGACGCUGAUUAUGAACAUGGAAGACGAUGAGUGGGAGGAAGUCAGCCAAGAACAAGCGGGUGACUCGGGCUAUCAAUGGGUAUUGUCUGCGGACGAACGCAAUUUUGCUAGAAGCAUCGUGAAGGGGGGACGGUAA